GACCAUGCGACUCUCAGGCACGAAGCAGAUAAGCAAGCCUUGCUUACAUAACUCGGUUCAUUGGCAACCUUGCCGGUCCUCCAAGUUUCCUUCGCAGGACUAGUCUCUCCAGAUUCAUCAUGUCUGGACGUAGCCCGCUAUCUGCUGUGUUCCUGCUGCAUAUCGCGUUGGAGGCUCCGCUUGCCCUUCAAGCGUUCUGGUCCCCACAGAGCCUCCCCUUUCUACAAAUGAACAACACCACGGUAGUCAUGUUGAAGCUGUAUGCCGCAUUGGUCACUGGAUCCUGCAUCACCGCUUUCCUGGCGUAUCCUUUACCAGAAUUCCUACCUGGAAAGCGCGCACUCGCUAUAGGGUUUUGCAUUUACCACAGCGUGGUGUCAACCAUUCUGUUUCAGACUCCAAGGUUCAUCCCUCACACCCUAGGUCCCUUCUUUGAGUCCGUGAAUCUUACACCUGAGGUCGUCUGGGGGGGAUUUCACGGUUUGCUAGGGCUUGGGAUGGUUGUGUGGUGGCAAGCGACGCUACAGUAUGCGGCAGCAGUGAGAGGAGCUGCGAAGUAACUUUUGGCAUAGAAGGGGCGUGUACUAAACUUUGUCUAUGGAAGAGAACCAUGAGGCAAGUUGAUAUGACUACAUGGGCGCGUUAAAGUAGUGUAUCCCGUUU